GAAGCAGCAGCAGUAGCAGGAGUAGCGGCGGUGAUGAUCAACUACGAUCCGCGGCGGCGCGUUCUUGUCCCCAAGCGUAACUGGUUCCAGCGCAACCCGCGCGUUUGGUCGUCGGCCUUGACCGUGUCGGCGCUGUUGAUCUUCUUCUCGAAGCCCCUGUACGACGCGUUCAUCGCGGAGGAGAACCCGAACAAGCGCGAGCUUCGGUCGUUCCGGAUUGGGCCCAAGUGAAGUGACGAGGAGGAUGGAAUCGGUGCGGAAGGCGAACCAGAGAUUGCGCAACUAUCCGGUGCUGUUGGCCAAGUGUUCGGUGGCGGCCGCCGCGUACGCCACGUGUGUGACCACGGAUUUGAACGUGGCCCAUCGGGUGUGCGAGAAGGAGUUUCAGCAGUUUCAGCAGUGUUUGCAGAAGGCCGCCCGGGAAAUGGGCACGAAGCUGUGAAAUUGUUUUGUGGACAAUGCGUUUUUAGUGAAUAGUGAACGAUUAUUUAGACUAACAGUUUAGGUGGGGUAAAACGAAAGAAAGCAAUCUACUAACAACUUAUCAUUGUAAUAAAUUUAAAUAUGUAAGUAUCUUCA